UGCAUAUCAUACAACAUUGUUUAGUUUAUUCUCUUUUAUCUUUACAGUACGAUAUGCAUACUGAGGUGGGCAACAUACAAGGAGAACCCUUCAUGUCCCCAAUGCAAAAAUCCAUUUGAAUUCUUGAAGGUGCACCGUUCGCUCGAUGGCCGUAUUCAUGAAUACAUGUUUGAGGAGAGUAUCUGCCUUCUCCUUAGAGCUGCUUGGUUUGUUCCCCUCAUGGUGGAGGCUCAGGAUAGUGCGUGUGAAGAGGAAGAAGACCUGUUGCAGUACUAUUUUGAUGAGAAUGAUGAACACUAUGAUGAUGAUGAUGUUGAUGAUGAGCUGAGCGAAACUUAUUUAACAAGAGCUUCAUCGAGUAUUCGAAUCGGAAAUAGAAGGUGGGGAGAUAAUGGGUAUGUGAGAGCUGGUCGCAAGGAAGCAAGACCUCUUAACCAGCAAUCUUCCAAGGAUUAUGAAGCCAGCUCAUCACGUCGACCUAAAAAUAAAGAGGUUUUGAGCGAUGCGCCACCAGCUGGACGACGGGCGAAGAGAGCCCUCAAGAGAGAAGCUGCUGAUAAAGCGGCUGCUGCUAAGCAC